CGGCUGAGGGGUGCUUGCCCGGUACCGGCCGGCAGCGGGGCCGGCGCCGCUCCCCGGGCGUCCCGGAGGUUCACCGAGGCAGUGACGCUCCGUGCUGUAACCCCGCCCUUGUUCCUUGGUGUAAAAGCCUGUGGUCAGCCUGCGGGAUGAGGUGACAUGUCACAGGGACGCGGGAGCCUUUGCAGUGCUGGGGGGACGCCACUGUGGUACGAGGACCCGGGGCUUCCUGGGCCUCCGCAGACAGGCACGGCCGGUGCCCGGGCGGCUCGGGGCAGCUUCAGGUGCGGAGCGAGGCGGGGUUAACGUCCUCCGGUGGAUCAAGGCGCUGCGGCCGGGCAAGAGGCACUGUCAGCAGGGCACCUGGCAGUGCACUGUAAAGGGAAAACAGGUACAUAUGUCCAUGAAACAAGAUGGAAAGAAGAUAGUAUAGUGAAGUGUUGGACUGGUGUUGGAUGGACAGAAUGGCUUUCCUGGACAACCCUACAAUUAUACUCGCUCAUAUUCGGCAGUCACACGUGACUAGUGAUGACACAGGGAUGUGUGAAAUGGUCCUGAUAGAUCACGAUGUUGACCUGGAGAAAUUUAAUCCCUCGUCAGCAUAUGGGGACAGUGGUUCAGAAACACAGGGAAGCAAUGGUGAGACUCAGGGCUAUGUAUAUUCCCAAUCAGUCGAUAUUACCUCAAGCUGGGACUUUGGAAUCAGAAGACGAUCAAACACAGCUCAGAGACUGGAACGUCUGCGGAAAGAGAGACAAAAUCAAAUAAAAUGCAAAAACGUUCAGUGGAAAGACAGGAAUACUUCUUACUCAGCAGAGGAGCUGAGCUCACUAUUUGAGAAAAAGAAUUUCCGAGUAAAAUCUCCGUGUUCUGGGAAGCAGUCAAUACUGUCUGUGCGACUGGAGCAGUGUCCGCUGCAGCUGAAUAACCCCUUCAAUGAGUACUCAAAAUUUGAUGGCAAGGGUCAUGUUGGUACAACGGCAACCAAAAAAAUUGAUGUCUACCUCCCACUGCACACAAGCCAAGACAAACUACAGCCCAUGACAGUUGUGACGAUAGCAAAUGCCAAGGUGCAUGACCUGAUUGGACUAAUAUGCUGGCAAUAUACAAGUGAGGGACGGGAACCAAAACUGAACGACAACGUCAAUGCCUACUGUCUCCAUAUUGCCGAGGAUGAUGGCGAGGUUGACACAGAUUUUCCACCCCUGGAUUCCAAUGAGCCCAUUCACAAGUUUGGCUUCAGCACUCUGGCGCUGGUUGAAAAGUACUCUUCCCCUGGCCUGGCAGCCAAACAGUCGCUCUUUGUGCGCAUAAAUGCUGCUCAUGGAUUCUCACUUAUUCAGGUGGACAGUAUGAAGGUCACCAUGAAGGAUAUCUUACAAAAGGCCUUAAAGAGAAGGAAGGGAUCACAGAGAGGCUCAGGUCCUCAGUAUCGGCUGGAGAAGCAGAGUGAACCUAAUGUCCCAGUAGAUUUAGACUGUACCUUGGAGAGCCAGAGCACUUUGGAAUUCUGCCUUGUCCGGGAGAACAGUUCAAGAGGAGAAGAGGUCUCAGAGGAGGACCCUCAGAUCGAUAUAGCUACAGUUCAGGACAUGCUCAGUAGCCACCAUUACAAGUCCUUCAAAGUCAGCAUGAUCCAUAGGCUUCGAUUCACCACUGAUGUUCAGUUAGGUAUUUCUGGAGACAAGGUAGAGAUAGACCCUGUUACUAAUCAGAAGGCCAGCACUAAGUUUUGGAUUAAGCAGAAACCCAUUUCAAUCGAUUCUGAACUCCUCUGUGCCUGUGACCUUGCGGAAGAAAAAAGCCCAAGUCAUGCAAUAUUUAAACUUACAUAUCUAAGCAAUCAUGACUACAAACACCUUUACUUUGAAUCAGAUGCUGCUACUGUCAAUGAAAUUGUACUGAAGGUUAACUAUAUACUCGAGUCGCGAGCAAGCACAGCCAGAGCAGAUUAUUUUGCUCAGAAACAAAGAAAACUGAGCAGGAGAACAAGCUUUAGCUUCCAGAAGGAGAAGAAGUCGGGACAGCAGUGACACUGAGCCUCGAGGAGAGCCUGACGGCCGCGUUGGGAGGAGGAGGAGAUGCUCCCCACCGCCCAAGACAGGUGGGAGCCAGGACUGCGGAGCUCCUGCUGCCCACGGGCAGGAGCAGCGGGGAGAUACCUGCAUUAUCCCGUCUCUCACGGCUGGCAGAUUAUCCCUCGGUGGUGAUGGGAAGUCUCCCCUGUGACAAAAAUAAAGAGCCAUAUCAGCCGGAAAGAAGACUGUUACGCUUCAGGUUCCUUUGAUUAGAAAUAAGAGAAUGACGUAGACUGGCAUCAUUUAAUUACUGUAUUAUGUACAAUCACAAGGAGAGAUGUGAUUACAUAGUAUUUCACAGCCUGGUUAAAAUAAAUUAUAUACAUCUGUAAUACACCCACGUACACACAGGUAUUGCUUGUGACAUGAUCAAAUUUCUAAAAACAAAAUGUAGGACAAAUGUAUCCAUUUUUACUAUUAAUAAACAGAUGUAAUCUUU